AUGGCCACUCCCUCUUCUCCAGGAUCAGCAUCAAGGUCAAAUUGUAGAACAAGGCUCUCAGAUUCCCAAGGCGACGUCCCCGCGCCUGGGCUUCGAGCCGCCGCCAGGGGGCGCGCUCCGACGCCGGGCCCGGCCGUCCUGGCAAAGGGGUCCCGGCGCUUCGGGCGCCAACUCCUGCUGCGCGGCGUUGAGGCCGUCGGAUCGGCCUAUCGGGAAGCCGAGCCCGAGCAGUCUCGGCGGGAGCCGGGGCUCGGCGCAGGAGGUGCGCUGGCGGCGGCGGAAGAGGGCGCUGUGCGGCCGGGGUCCUCGGUGAACUGGGUCCGUCUCAGCCGGUUCUUUUCAUCCGCUGCUGUUGAGGAGAGAAAAGCCAGGUCCUGGGACGGUAGUGUGCUGAAAAGGGGGAAAAGGCGAGGCCAAGGAGCUGCCCCUAAAUAUUGGAAAGGUGACUGUCAGGUGGAGGUGAGGGCAGAUGGCAAUACGAUUAAGUUGCAUUUGCUCACUAUAAUAAAUCAUGUUCCUUUUAAUGUGGUUGACGAUGGAUUUUUUUCUUUCCUUUCUAGUUAUGAAAAACCUCCUCCUGGACUUAUCAAGGAAGAUGAGACCAAGCCAGAAGACUGCAUACCGGAUGUACCAGGCAAUGAGCACGCCAGGGAGUUUCUGGCUCAUGCACCAACCAAAGGGCUCUGGAUGCCGCUGGGGAAAGAAGUCAAAGUUAUGCAGUGUUGGCGUUGUAAACGGUACGGUCACCGAACGGGUGAUAAAGAAUGCCCUUUCUUUAUCAAAGGCAACCAAAAGUUAGAACAGUUCAGAGUAGCUCAUGAAGAUCCCAUGUAUGAUAUCAUUCGAGAAAAUAAACGACAUGAAAAGGAUGUGAGGAUACAACAGUUGAAGCAGUUACUGGAGGAUUCUACCUCAGAUGAAGAUGGAAGCAGCUCCAGUUCCUCAGACUGUAAAGAGAAACACAAGAAAAAGAAGAAGAAAGAAAAGCAUAAGAAAAGGAAGAAAGAAAAGAAAAAGAAGAAAAAACGAAAGCAUAAGUCUUCCAAGUCAAAUGAGAGCUCAGACUCAGACGAAUAGGAGAGAAAGACACUAGAAGAAGAUAUUUGGGGUCAGCAUGUGAAUUCUCACCUUCCAGCAAAGAUGUGGCCCACCAAAGAGUCAUGGCUCCCAGGUGCUAGCUCUAGACAGCUGCCUUUUUCAGUAUCCUCCCUGCUGCUCACUGGGCUUUGGGGUUCUGGAAACCAUGCAAAGGUGAAGAGGGCAAAUUUCACAGUUGGUGGACUCUCACCUGGGCACUCACCACUGCACUUACAGGACAUGAUGCAGGCUCGGGGUGCAACAACAGAGGUUGCUUACAAAGAGUGAGAAAGAUAAAGAAAUUGGGAGGAAGGAAGCAAGGCAGGCCAAAGGCUGUCAGGGGGUCAGGUGGCAGCUCCUUUGGCCAAACUUGGUGCCCUGUUUAGCAUGAGGAGAAGUCGUUCCAGUCUUAUUGUGGAAGACAGGGAGGCAGCGAGGCCUCUGGAGACUCCACAGCUUCCCCAGGGUGGGCACUGGCCACGUGGAAGGAGUUCCACACUGGCAAGGUCAAGGUUGCCAUUAAGUGGCAUCCCCUUCCUGUGCCUCCCCAUUACCAAGGUAAGGAGAAGGUUGUUCCCUUUUCCUCUGUGCCACCAAAUGGCCUCUGUCUUUCUAAAAUCCAACUAACAGAGGGUAAAUUAAUUCUCAACCUAAAUAUAAGAUUCAUCUGCUCUCGAACCAAAGAAAAUAGGUGCACAUACACCCAAGAAUAACCCCAGAAGCAAAAGUUCUAAGUUAGAGCUUGUAAAUGAGCCCCAUUUGUAUACACACAGUAUCUCCAAUAAUACAGUGGGCAAUUUAUUUAUUCCAGACAUUAUUAGACUCAUCAAACCAGAACCUUAUACAGAUUAAGUAGAAGGAGCAGGAAAAGGGGAAGUAGAGCCACCAAAAUUUAAAGUCGAGCCCAUGUCUUACUCAAAAUUAUUCUAAAUCACAUUCUGUCACAUGUUUUGCAAUAGCAGUGCACUUUAUGGUAACCAAUACCAGGACAACAUCCUUGGUCUGGUCAACCACAGAUGGCCCAUCCCUUCAUGGUCUCAAGUUGAGCCUGCAAAGGUGUGUGGGGCAGAUGGCACAUUGGUGAGUCCUCAUGUGCUCACAGCCGUAACUGCAGGGGCAUGUCUUGGGCUCAUUGCGCAACCAUAUGGUUUAUUUAUGAAGGGGUGAGGAAGAUAAAUUGGGAGAAAGGAAAUAGGCAGGGCCAGAAAUAGGCAGUAGCAAUGAUCAGGUGGUUAUUUGAAGCAGAGAUCAAGCUGAAAGGUCUCUGUGAAGAUCUUUCCAGAGCCACAGCAGUCAGCAACAGUAAUCAGAAGGCUGAGCUGGGUAGCACUGGGCGCUGGACUGGAUAUCACUAGAGGCAAUGGCCCCAGGAAGCAAUGCUGGCAUGCCAUGGAAAAGACCAGUGUUACAGCUCUUAGCAAUGCCUGGACACAAGCCAACAUCAGGCACAGGCCAACAGAGGCAUUCAGCUGAUGCUGGAAGCAGGUUGAGAGAUCAGGUCUGCAAAGGUCUUUCCAGAAGAGAUUAUGGAUCAGUCUGUUGCAGUUCUCUGAAGUUCAGCUUAUAGCCCCUUCAGAGUAUCCACCUUUGCAACCUGAUUGGUUGACCUUACUUGACUAGAACUGAUGCAAGCGCAAAGAUUGAUUGGUUCCUUUAGGAGUGCCAAUCAUAUCGGUUCAUUUAUAAUCCCAGCUAGUGAUUAUGCCAAUUGAGCUCCACUCAGAUUGGUUCACUUUCAGUACCGCAUUGGUUUCCAAGCAAACUGCAUCGGUGCAUCCAACCUGGCCUGUACAGACCAAACAACUUUGAAUGGCUUCUGCCAGGUGCCUAGACUAAGGGCGUCUCUGAGGAAGCUCCUCCAGGUGCUGCCACAGCUGUCACCCUUCAUGGGGGCUACUUAGUUAACAGACUUCAGGUUGUCUUUUCUGUAUUGUGAGGAUAA